AAGAAAUGAAUAUGUUUUGACUUUUAAAGCCUUGUGUAAUUUCAUUUUCAUUAAAUGCUUUGUGACACUUUUACCCUUUUUUUCUCCUUUUAAAUCCCUUCCACCGUUCCCUUGCUCUAACCAAUCCUCAUCUCCAAACACACAUCCAUGGACACCCCUUCAACAUUUCAUAUCACCAACGACCCGACUCCGAAGCACCUCGAUGAUGACGGUCGUGAUAAACGAACCGGGACUUGGUUGACCGCAAGCGCACACAUUAUAACUGCUGUGAUUGGGUCUGGUGUGCUGUCGCUAGCAUGGGCGAUUGCGCAGCUAGGUUGGGUUGCUGGUCCGGCCGUUCUCAUGACAUUUUCGUUCAUCACUUAUUUCACCUCCACCCUUCUCGCUGACGCUUACCGUGCACCAGACCCGGUUCAUGGGAAGCGUAACUACACCUACAUGGAUGUGGUUCGAGCCUCCCUAGGAGGGAAAAAGGUGCAGUUAUGUGGGAUAGCUCAGUAUGUGAACCUUGUUGGAGUUACUAUUGGUUACACAAUCACUGCUUCUAUAAGCAUUGUGGCAGUGAAAAGAUCAAAUUGUUUUCACUAUAACGGGCAUGACGCACAUUGUCAACCGUCGAAUUAUCCAUACAUGGCUGUGUUUGCAGUUAUACAGAUAGUGUUGAGCCAAAUCCCAAAUUUUCAUAAACUAUCAUGGUUAUCGAUACUAGCCGCAGUGAUGUCUUUUGCUUACUCUCUCAUUGGACUCGGUCUCUCUAUUGCUACAGUAGCAAGAGGGGUGCACACGAAGACAACUCUAACAGGUACGGAAGUAGGAACAGAUUUGACAAGUUCGGAGAAGGUGUGGCGCACAUUUCAAGCCAUUGGAGACAUUGCUUUCGCGUAUGCUUUUUCAACUGUUCUUAUCGAAAUUCAGGACACACUGAAAUCGCAUCCACCAGAAAACAAGAUGAUGAAGAGAGCAUCACUUGUGGGAGUUCUAACGACGACAAUGUUUUACAUGCUUUGCGGUUGCCUCGGUUAUGCAGCAUUUGGGAAUGAUGCACCAGGCAACUUCCUGACCGGUUUUGGUUUCUAUGAACCAUUUUGGCUCAUCGAUAUUGCAAAUAUUUGCAUUGCCGUUCACCUUAUAGGCGCAUAUCAGGUCUUUUGCCAACCUAUAUUCGGGUUUGUCGAGAAGAAAUGUAAGCAACGCUGGCCUGAGAGCAAGUUUAUAACGACUGAACAUGCAGUUAACGUGCCAUGUUGUGGGGAGUACCCCGUUAACAUGUUUAGGUUGGUGUGGAGAACAGCCUAUGUGGCGUUAACCGCAUUGAUCGCAAUGAUUUUCCCCUUCUUCAAUAGCUUUUUGGGGUUGAUAGGGGCGGCUUCAUUUUACCCUUUGACAGUUUAUUUUCCUAUAGAGAUGUAUAUCGCUCGGGCUAAGAUACCGAGGUUUUCGUUCACUUGGGUUUGGCUAAAGAUCCUGACGUAUACUUGUUUAGUGGUUUCGUUGGUCGCGGCUGUUGGGUCCAUCCAAGGAUUGUUGACUGAUCUCAAGAAAUAUCAACCAUUCAAGACAGAAUAAAUGUUAUGCAACAUGUCAAUGGAGAGUAGCAUUUAUAGUAGUCGACUAUGUAUGUAAUGAAGUAAUUGUAAGAAGUUGCAAGAUACAAAUGAUGACUUAUUUUGAUUGUGUUCUGUAUUUUGUCUUGGUCAUCAUGAUUAUUUCACUAGAUGUUUAUGGCUAAAUAACCAUCAAUCAAUCUCGGUAGUGACCGCCUUUAUUA